AUGAAUAAAAUUAAAUAAACUGAAUAAAACCUACAGACAAUAAAGAAAUGUUUGUUUGUAAGUGAAACAAAGGAACAACCAAAACUUGCUCCUGAGGAGAUGCUCAAGUAAACUCAAGCCAUUCUUAAUCAAUCCAAGCACAAAGUCUAACUCCACAAGGACCAGAAAUUCAUUGAUUCAAAAAUCAUUGUACAACAAUAACUCAAGGAAAGACAACAGAGUUUCAAUUAAAAGUAAUAGCAAUUGCAAGCCAUCAUGCAAUCUGCCAAUGACACUGGUUUUGUGGAAUUCCAUUUGAUCAACUCAAUGAUGCAAAAACUCAACAUUAAAUAUGAUCAAAUUAACCAAACAAAGGUUGCACUCUCAGUCAGCAAUAAAAUUAACUUCUACAGAAGAUUUUCCAAAAAACCCUCUCAAUUGCAAGUGACUAAAAUUAAUGGACAAUUAUUGGAUGAGAAUCAAUAGCAAAUCUAUAAAAUAUUUAACACCAAAGAGCAAAUUCAUUUCAUAUUUAAAAAUGAAAUGGAAUUGAAUAUCAACAUCAUACCAUAUCAAAUCAAUAGACAAAUUUACAGAGAAGACAAAAAUAUUUAUGAAGUCCUGCUAGUAGAAAAUCAAAUCGAAGAAGAACAGAAUGAACAAUAGUUUGUUGAAUAGCAAGUCAAAAUUGAUCAGCAUUUCAAAUUUUCAUUCCUUAAUCGAAUCCAACAAUUCAAUCUCAUGCACAAUCAGAACAUACCCUCUGCAUUGACUCGCCAAUAUAAUAUUUACUUGAUUCUUCGAGAGUUAAUUCUAGAUGCCCUAGAUUACAACUACAUCAAGUCCAUCAACAUCAUCCAAGAUUAAAUCAUCGUUCAUAAUCUCCCCUCUCAAGCCUAUAAAAUUCAACCCAUUUCCAAUGAAUCAGAAUUCACAGAAUAAAGUUCAGAAAACAAAAUCAAAAAAAUUGAGAAGAAAGUCAAGGCUUAAGCAAAAAAACAAGAGAGAUCCAAAAAGUUGGAACAUCUCCAAUUUAUAACCACUGAACAAUUGAAAGAUUAUAAUGUGUAAAUGAUUCCCCACAAUUAAGGGUAUUAGGCUCAAAGGGCUAUAAAGGAUCAUUUGAAGGAGACUACAAAUGUCAACUUGUAAGCAGGAUCAAAGAUGGGAAAAGGAGGUAUUGACAAAUUGCAAAAAGGAGAGUACUUUUUAAAAUAGAAGGGAAAAUCACAGGAAUUUCACAUUUGUUGGUUGGAACAAAGAGGAUUUCAUUUGGUUUGGUAUCAUUUGAAAACUGAUAAGGUAGCAAGAGGAAUAGGAUAACUGGAUGACGCAUUAAUCAAAGAGGAAGGAUCUACAUAUAUAGUUAAAUUAUUAGAUAGAUCUUUAACAAUUAAAUUGGAGAAGCCCUAUGUGGGAUAAAUUUGGAGAAGAUCCAUUUCCAAUUAAAUAGCCUAUAAAGCAUAUUUAAAUAACUUGUGGAUGAUUUGUAGAUUGUUUGACAAAUCACCUUCCAUUAGUAUGGUUGAUUAUUUUUUCAAUGAAAACCUUACUACUUUCAACAUCUCUAAUAAUGCUUUGCAAAUAGAAGGUAUUUAAAAUGCGCUACCUUUAUGUUACAUAACAAAAUACACCCAGAUUAUAUUCGAUAGUUUAAUGAACCAUAAGAUUUAUUAAUUGAUAUUAUCAAACAGUCAAUUAGGUCCAAUUGCAACUAUCUAAUUACUAUAAUAUUUUAAGAAGAAUAAGAAUAGAUUGAAGUUAAUCGAUUUGAGCAAUUGUCAAUUGACAACUUUGGUGAUAAAGGAAUUCGGAAGCUUUUUGAUGAAUCAAAACUCUUUUGCUUUGAAUCACAUCUAUUUGAAUGACAAUCAAGGGAUCGGAAAUGAAGGCAUAGAGAUAAUUGCCAAUUGCAUUCAGCAACGAUACUUACAAUUUUGGGAUAACAGUACUAAUAAUUUGGAGAGCAUUAGUCCUGGUUAUCGAAGACAUCAGAUUUCAAGGAAGUCGGAUUCGAUGGAGUUAGAAUUGCUGACUUUGAUGAACUUCAAGAAUAUUGGGGCAACGAAUUUCAAUGAUUUGUUCAAUGCGAUUGAUGUGAUGUUCUGUAAGGCUUUGGAGAUUCCAGCAUUGGAGAAUGAGUUGUUCUACAAUAAGUAAAAGACAUUGUCUAAGAUGAUCAAGAAAUUGAAGAAUAAGACGGGGCAGUACAAUAGGUACAACUUGUAGUUGCUGAAAGACUUUUAUGAGAACUCAAUGGAUCCGAUAAUAGAAAUAAUAAAGAUAUAAUUGGACAUAUCUGAGAACUCGAUUCAGAAUAUUGAAUAAUUGGGGGAAUUGAUAAUUAAGCACGAUUGUUUUAGGAGUGUCCACUUAAGUCAUCUUGAAUUGGAUGAGUUAUUGCAGUUUACGGCUUGUUUAAAGGAUUCGAUCUCUCUUGAAUUACUGGAUGUGAAUUGCAAUAGGAUCAACGACAUUUAAGUGAUCUUGGAAAGUUUGGACAAGAACACGAGUAUCAAGACUCUGAUUAUUUCGCAGCAAUUUAUUGAUUUGCAGAGUAGGUUCGAGGAUGUGGAAAUGAAUAAUUAAGAGUUUUUUAUAGCUGAUGUGUAAUUGUUAUGA